AUGCUUAUCCGCCUUUCUACUGCUUUCAUUGUGCUCCUUGGCCUGACGACCAUUGUCAGCGCUGGGCCGCUGCCUCGUCACGGUGUUAAGCCUGAUGACACUGACAAGGCGCCGCCGAUUCUUCGUCACAGUGUUGAGCCCGAUGACACUCAGAAAAUGACGCCCGUAAGCCUCUCCUUGGGUUAA